AUGCUUGACCCAGCCAAGGCUUUGGACGUGUCGUUGAAGAACUUGGGCUUGGAGUACGUGGAUCUCUACUUGAUGCACUGGCCCGUGGCAUUGAACCCGGAAAACAAGUCGCACCCUACGUUCCCCACUUUGCCCAACGGAAACAGAGACAUUCUUCUUGACCGUGACUUUGUCGACGCCUACAAGGACAUGCAACCUCUUUACAAGCUGGGAAAGGCGCGUGCCAUUGGCGUGUCCAACUUUUCCGUGAAAAACUUGAAGCGUUUGCUCUCUUCGCCAGGUGUAGAUGUGCGCCCAGCAUGUAACCAGGUGGAAUUGCACCCAUACUUGCCCCAGCCAAAGCUUUUGGAAUUCUGCAAGAAGGAAAACAUCAUCUUGGAGGCGUACAGCCCCUUGGGAUCCACCAACUCUCCUUUGUUUGAAGACAAGGGCUUGCUUGAGCUUGCAGACAAGUACAAGGUUUCUCCUGCCAAUAUUAUGAUCAGCUGGGCUGUUUGGAGAGGCACCGUUGUUUUGCCUAAGUCUGUCACCCCAAGUAGAAUCGAAAGCAACUUUAAGCUUGUGGACUUGUCCGAUGAGGAUGGCGAGAAGAUCAAUUCCAUCUCCUCCACUCUUGGAACAAAGAGAAUCGUCAAUCCUAACUGGUACCCACUUGUUGUUUUCAACGAUGACGAGUGA